AUGUCAUCCGGUUCCAACUCUGAUCGUUCGUACUAUAUCUACCAAAAUACCUUUGGUUUUCCAGAUCCUACGCAGGACUCGGGGUCUGACCGCCACCCUUCUGAACUCGGCCUUCUAACUGAUCCUGAAUCGGAUGGGACUGGCAGGGGGCCAUUAUAUCGCCGACAUCCAACCAGACGCGGCCUUGUGGACCUGGGCUUCCCCGACGCACAGAGGGCCUACAUUCCGUCAAGUCGUUCAGAACAACUUCGGUUGGGAUUUUAUGGUAACAAUCACUUCGGGAGCACUGGUGCCUAUCCUACAUCCCAGAACGGACCCAACCACAACGCUGCACCGACCGGGUUCACGAAUGCGCACCCGGGGUCCCAUCGUCCGUCAAGUUAUUCGCAACAAUUUCCGCCUCACAAUCACGCUGGGAACAACGUUUCCUAUUCGGCUGGUGGAACUCACGCUCGAACCGGCUCAGGCUCCUCUCAUGGUAGUGGAUAUGAAGCCGGCGGUGAAUCUGAUCAUUCCGGCGAGGAAACCGCGAACACAUCUCCUCCUGGUCGUUCCGUCAAUGCUCCUAAUCAACCGGCUGUGGGUCGGGCUAGAGGACACCGCCGUAACCCAAUGGGUUCUGUUUUUGGUGUUGAACAGUAUGACCAGAUCAAUCAAGCUUCCAGUAACUCUACCUUGAACCCCAUGUCGGAAGUGUCGCAGGCUUCGUUCUGGAUCUGUGAAUACUGCCGUGAACGAAUCUACGGCACGGUCACAACCUCGCACUAUGAUGAAUGCCAGUGGUUCAACCGAGUCGAAUGA